AGCUAGCUACGUUAUUCUGUAGACUUUCUUUGCAAAAUACCCCGAAAAACGGAUAAAAAAACGGCGAACGGCAACAAAAAGUUUGUUAACAUACAGCGAAGAGACAAAUAUAUGUCCAUGGCGGAUAUAAUGUCUUGUGAGGACAGAGAAAAGCCGUUAUAUUUGACACAAAUUCAGUUUCUGGAUCAGCAGCUGGAGAGAUGUCAGCGUCGGUGUGACGAGCUGCAGAAACAGAACAAAGACCUGACCGACCAGAGCAGCACGCUGGAGGAGGACACGAGGGACAUCAGCGAGUACCUGAGACACUCGGCGGUGGAGACGGAGAAGAAGGUGGAGGAGCUGACGGAGCGUCUGCAGAGUCAGCAGCAGGAGGAGCAGCGGGUCAGAGAGGAGCUGGAGCUGCAGCUGCGCCGGCAGCUGCAGGAGCUGCAGGAGCACCUCGAUGAGCUGAACUCACAGAGCGCCGUGCACGCGGCAGCGUUUGAGGAGCGGCAGGAGCUGGAGGAGCAGCUGCAGCGUCUGAUGCAGCAGGAGUUUGACACGGAGCCUCUGAGGACGCAGCUGGUCAGCGAGAAGGAGGAACACGAAGCCGCCAUCGACAGUCUGGAGACUGAAGCCGAGUUGAAGCUGAGCGGGGUGGCGGAGGACUUGCAGAGCGUGGUGAAGGACUGCAUUCAAACGCGGGUCUCGGACUUGGUCCAGGAGGAGCGGGCUCAGCACAGAGAGCUGCAGGAGAAGGUCCAGAUCCUCCUGGACGAGUGCGUGGAUCUGUGGAGGGCCAAGGAAGACCUGGCAGACCAAGAGGAGCUUCUUCGCUUCGAGAUGAAGAACCUGACGAAGGAUUUCGAGACCGUGGCCCAGAAGAGACUCGCCUGCCAGAAGGAGGUGGAGAAGCUGACGAGGAGGUGUCGGCAGCUGGAGGAGGAGAUAAAGAGGUGUCGCAUCGUCAGACAGAAAACGCUGGAGGAGAACGAGACGCUCAGACGGCGGCUGGCCUCAGAGUCACAGAGGCUUCAGCAGCAAACAGCCGAGCUGGACGAGCUGAAGACCGAGCUGCAGACGGAGAGCGGCGGGACGGAGCGGCUGAAGGGCGUCCUGCAGCACGCAGCUGCCACCCUCAGAGACAUCCUGAAGGUCCGAACACACGAGGACGAGCAUCAUCUUCACCUCAAAUACCCCAGCUCAGACAAAGUGUCUCAGCCUCAGUGGACGACGCUGCAGGAGCUGCUGCGCAGCAUCGAGCCUCAGGGCCCAGGCUCGUCUCCUGGGCUGACCUCCGACCUCAGACCGGUCAGACCAGAGAGCCUGAAUGUGUCCACAGACCCGCUGUUCCUGUUGUUGGCCCGCUACAGACCGGGCGACCUCGGCCUCGUACCCCGACCCACGAGGAAACACAAAGCGGCCCCCUGCAGGUCCGGAGCUCCGCUGCAUCCGGACAGGUCUGUGAUGAAGCGGACGCUCUGCAGACAGAAGACGUCCUCCUCCUCUCUGCAGACCGCUGAUCCAGACUCACUCAACACCAACAAACACGGAGGUUUUUUCCUCCUGAUGCCACAUUAA